UCGAGGGUUGCAAGGUUAAGUAAAGAAAGGAUUACUUAGCCUUACAAGUAGACGCCGCUCUCCGAAGGUAUUCGUCUUCCUUUGGAGCGAGAUCGUCUCUUUGUCACUUUUUCUCUCCCGAUAUUAUCAUCUUUCUGUAUUCUCGCUCGCGAGUCCAAUGUGUGUGUGUGUGAUCUGACACGCGCGUGUCCCUUUCCAAACACGAUUUCCCCGAAUCCCGAAUCCCUGGCAAACAGUAUUUCUUUCGAUCUCACGAAAUGCUUUCUCUCUCGUUUCGAGCGUGCUUUUUGCUACGAUGCGUUUCCCGUGCAUCGUUCCAUGUUUUUCAAACAAGCGAGCGAUUCGAUUGGACGUCCGCGACCUUUCGCCGCGCGCGUUUCGUUUUCACAGAAUUUUCAAGCGGACUUACAAGCUGCCGACGGCACACACGCACGCACACACGCGCACCUACACAAAUUGUUAAAUACUCGGCAUUGUUCGACGGCAUGUGAUUCACGUUAUGUCACGUGUUAUAAGGAACAACGACGAUCGGAUAACGUUAUCAUCGUUAGUCUCUGUAUACAAGAAAGCGGUGAAAAGCACACGCAAGAGUCACGCAUUCGACGCGGUUGCUUGUAUCUGUUUUGUACGAUACAAUGUGCCCGAGGUUGUAAAGACACAGCACAUGUGCACCGGUGAUUUCGAGGUUGCCGUCAACGGGCCGCCGGACUUCUCGGAAGCAUCGACUGGAAACAGCUUCGCUUUUUCCAUUUUACUCCAAGGAAAUUCCAAUGACCCACGACGACACACGUACGUAUACUCACAAAGUACGUCGAAACUACCAAACAUUACUAGUCAACUUGUUCUCACGAUUUCGCCAUUGCCGGACUUGCCAAUCGAACGUUCGAUAUCCGUUUUAUCAACAACGGAGUUCGGUUUCUCCGUAUCUGUACGAUUUUCGAAAGCAAUCGCGUUAGAUCCGACAACAGCGAAGUCGCUCUACGACGAGACCAAAAGAUACGGCAUCGUUAGUAAUUACUCAAAAGCAAUCAAACUUUAGUCGUUACUUCUCGUUAUGUCGUUACAAACAUACUCGACGUCUUACAAGACCAUCACCACCAAAGAUCCCAUUAGACUGUUACAAUUUCAUGUACUUUUGUCAUACAGCACAGACACAGAUACACGCACAAUUAUAUAUACGUAAAUAUAUAUUUGUAUGUUAUAUAUUUACAUCGUUAGACUAGUCUAUGGUUCACUAAGCUACUCUUCGCUACGCUACGAGCAAGCGCUGAAGCGUGUUUGUCUCUUAGUAGACAGGUAAAGAAAAAAGGUGAAGCGUUCUACGUACAUGCACAUGCCAGGCUAAAUUCGUGACGUGCUCUAUGUUUAAAAAAUUCCCGGACGGUCGAUACGAAGUCCGCGCUUUAUCAGAUAAGCGUUUCGCGUAGCUACUCUUCGUCUGUCAACGGACGUGUUACGUCGUGUAUACGUUGUACAACUCGAGUUGUCCGUAAUCUCGAGUGCGAAACAAUGUCGUCGAACGAUUCAAAAGGAUUUCGAAACACACUCAUCGAAUUCUCCGAAUCACGAGCUUUUCGUGAUCGCUGUCGAUUCCCUGAAUGUUGUCUACCUACUAAGAAUCGGCUAUCGCAUGGCACGAUCAAAACGUAGAAAAUUAAUCGAUCAACUGAUCGACCAGCGGUCGCGUGGAGGGGAGGUUCGGUUUCAUCUUUUCUCUGUUGCUUGAAAGAACGACAAAAGGAAGAUCGUCUCGCCAACGGUUCCUCCUUCCCCUAAUCACGUCGAAUCUUCGACGAGGUUCGCCUAU